GAGGAACAAGAGGAGGAGGAAGACCUAUAAAUAAGAAGCGAUAAGCGAGACUCAUAUAUAAAUGCAAAUAUAUAACUAAACCAUGAAUAUUAUAGCAUCAUCGUACAUUUUAAUAACAAAAUACAAACUAGAGCAAAGCGUGUAAAUAACCAGAAGAGAGGAUCAACAAGACCAAAGAAGCGAUAUAAAUUAGAAUACAGGCCAAAAGAAGAGGAAGAGGAGGGGCAGAGGGCGAGAAAGUCCCUCAAAGAUCGAAUAAGCUUGACUCUCAGCUCUGGCAUCAUCUUCCACGUCCUCAAGCACAUAACAACCUUUUCACGUAAGACUGGACUGCUCAGCAAGCACCCUUCUCUACCGAGGCACAGGAACAUACAACAAACGGUCUUGGGCAGCCUUCAUUUUGGGGCUCAGAGGCCGUGGGUUCAUGGCCUGCCCAGCCCCCUAAACAUUAUAGAAGGAAGAAGGAAGAGCUAUGAGUGACCCAGUGGAGAAGAUGCUCAACCAGGCCGCCUUGGAAGCUCUGUAUUCCGCCACAUAUGUUGAUAACUUCCUGGACACCGUGGAAAACCUUCCAGAUGAGGUUCAAAGGGAAAUUUCCAGUAUGAGGGAGCUGGAUGUGCGCUACCAGGCCCUUCUGCAGGACAUGGAGGGCCUACGAGGUCAACUGGAGGGUGAAUUGGACUCAAUUUCCCUCAAGAGAGUGAUGGUGCAGAUACAGGAUAAGUUAAUAUCCACUCAGGAGAUUGGUGAUGACAAACUCCAAAUUGUGCAGCACAUCUUGGACAUCAUUGAAAACAGACAAAGGCAGCUGGAACUUGACUGCAAGAACUUAGACUUUGGCCAAGAGCAGGAGAAGUCUGAAUCCUGUAAGGAGACACAACCAGAGAGGGUGAGCAAGAGGGCGCGGCGCACAAGGAACGAUCACACCACCAGCCACAAUGAAAACUCCAGCGAUGUCCCGGCACCCACUCACACUGAGAAGACAACUGGCAACAAGGGAUCAGCACAGAAGAAGACCACCAAGAAGAAAAAGCGCAAAGCUCGGGUGGAAAGGGAGCGAGAGGACUCACCCACAGAGAUCCCUAUUGAUCCUGAUGAGCCGACCUACUGCCUUUGUGAACAGGUGUCAUAUGGUGAGAUGAUUGGCUGUGACAAUGACCUUUGUCCCAUCGAAUGGUUCCACUUCUCUUGUGUUGGACUGACCAACAAGCCCAAGGGGAAGUGGUUCUGUCCUAAGUGUCGUGGUGAUAAACCAACCGUGAUGAAGCCAAGAGCCCAGUUCUUAAAGGAACUGGAAAAAUAUAACAAAGAAAAAGAGGAAAAAUCUUGAACUGCCAAGUAUUGUUCCUCAGGACCAUGAUGUUUACUUGUAAGGAGAGUUAUGUUUACCGUAUAUCCCAAAGGUCACGUGCAGGCAGUGGCAGCUCACUCUAACGGACGCAAGUGUAAUGAAAAAUGGUGUUGCGAUUUCCUGUUCUAGAGUAAGGAUUAAAAGUUCAAAUUUGAUUGAAAUUUAAAUGAAUGCUGGUUUGGUAUAAAGUGAGCUCUUGCAGUCCAUUAAGUGAGCAAAGAUCUAUACUGUAAUACAUGGGUGGCACACACAUUUUAUUCUUUAUAAAGGAAACUUUCUAGCGGUGUGCUACUCACGUAUUAUUUUAGUGCAGCAUGUAAAUAUUUUUUAUUUAUUUUUAAAACACUGAGAGAGAGAGAGAGAGAGAGAGAGAGAGAGAGAGAGAGAGAGAGAGAGAGAGAGAGAGAGAGAGAGAGAGAGAGAGAGAGAGAGAGAGACUUUGUAUAAAUUAUACAUAUCCAAGCUUGUAUGUCUUUCAUCUCUUUCUAAACAGACAUUAACCCAUCUAAAAAGAAUCAUAUUUUCUCAGGUUUGGUUACUAUUCCUAUAUUAUUUUUUUCUUUUAAAGCUUGCCUCUUCCUUUGUACCUGAGAUGAUAUCUCAAAAGGAAGCAGAGGAAAUAAAAAAAAAUCAAUGCUGGUGAGACAUUUCCUGCAUCUUCUCUUUACUACAUGAGAACUUAAAUUUCCAAAGGGAGGUGUUCCCACCCCUUCACCUUGACCCUCUCUCUAUCUGUUUGAGCACACAAGGGAUAAAGAUUUGCAUGUACCUUUUAUGACACAAAAUACAGAGACUAUUAUGCACCAUUUAUAUCACACAGACUACAAAAAAAUGUAUAUACCUGUUAUGUCACAUGGAGUCCAGAUCUUAUGUUCUUGAUACAAUGAACACAAAUAUGUAUUCUAAAUAUCUAUGUCUGGUGGAUUGCAAAAUCUGUUCUUCAUAGCAGGAAAACAAACCCUGGUUUAGAAUGCAAAAGAUGGGAUACUAACCUUUAUACUACUGAGGAUACUUUAUAUAUAGAUAAGACAUUGUAAAGAAGGUUUAGUGAUGUUUCAACACUAAAUAUAGUCAAGGAAUCUUAAAAAGUAUCAAAACCUUCAUAGCUAAAUUAAAAAGGAAAUGUGGUGACAAUAACAUUAUGUUCAUGGUUAUUCUGACAUUUCUUACUGGUAGUAUUUAUUUAUUUAUUUUUUUUUUUCUCACACCAUUACAGUUGUAUUUUUCACCAUUACCUAUCUGCAUUGCAGUAUAAUUUCUUUGACUUAUGCAAUAUUAUUUGAUAUAGAUAUGCACUAUGCUUUUCACCAUACUUAUGAAACAAUCAUAGUGAGAGCCAUGACUACUUGAAAAUGUGCAGGCAGGUUCCAAUGGCUGCAGGAAAAAUUAACAUUGUGAAUCCAUAAAUUCACCUUUUUUUUUUUUUUCUUUUUUUUUUUUCCCCAAUCUAUGGGCUUGCCUUGAUGGGCACUUGUGGUUGGCUUCACUAGGUUAGUGGCACAAGAUUUUUCAUAGGUAUAAUAACGGCACUACAGACACGCUUUACUGGUCUUCAAUUCAUGGUUGAACUCUCCAUUUCUUUCAUACCAAUGCUUAGGUAUAUCAUUAGACCAAUUUAUAUAUUUCAGCAAUGCAGCCUUGUAGGUUAAGCUACAAGAAAUGGUUAUGGUAUUUUGCAAGGUUCAAAUCACUCAUAUUUGUCCAAAAUUUCAAACUGAGGGUAAAUGGAUAUGUACACAAGGUUAAAAAAAUAUUGGUGCCUAGGGGGUCCGAUGCUUACUGUAAACAUUUAAAAAACUACUGAUGUUACAGGAGGAUUAGCAUGCCUGGCUGCGGCUGGUUCCUAAGAGCCAACUCAGGUCACAAAACAUUCCAUGCACUGCCAGGAAUCUAACGGACACUAAUAUUUCUCUGCCCUUGGUUCCAUGAUGUCAUAUGUUAUGGUCUAUUUUUCUUUAUUGUUUAUUUAUUUACUUAUAUUUAUUUUUAUUUAUUUAUUAUUUUUACCAUGUAUAAACAAAUGCACCAGCAACAUUGAAAAGGUAGUCUUGUAGAACUUGCAGAAUGUUGAACUAAAAGCAUGCCAUAACCUCAACUAUUUUACCGUCACCUCCAUUCCUAUGCAAUAUUCAUGGAAAAUUCAAGCUCAGAAGCUUUACAUAUUUAUGCUCUUCUGGAGUUUUGCUAUUUUUUUUCUUACAUACUUCAUUCCAUCCAAAAUCAGGUGACACUACAGUUGCAAUAGGAGUGAUACUAGUACAAUAUUAAUGGCAAAUAUGUCCAAAAUUUACAUAUACUACUUGCUGAAUUUGUCCUAAUGAUGAGUUCAGCAAAGAACAUUCCUUCUUUGCAGAUUAACUCAGCACUAGACCAUUUCGUUGGGGAGGAAAAGCUUAAAAUAUAUUGUUAAACAAGAGAGUAAUAUACAUGGGCCAUGUUGGUGGGUGGGUCAGAGGUUUGCUUUUCUUAGCAGUCUAUGGUUCUCACUACAGCAGUUCCAAGUUGACUGGUAUCCAAGCAUCUACUUGCAAAUAGUGUACAUAGGUAUAGGAAUCAAGAAAAACUAUUUUAAUAGAGGAAUUCAAAGGAGUGAGUCACCACAAAUCUGAAACUAAAAAUACUUUUAACUUUGGCUUUGUCUAUUGUUUUCAAUAUGUAUUAGAACAAUCAAGACGGCAGUGUACUGCAAAUGCUGUUAUUAAUUAAUAGUAAUUACUGAUGCUCUAAACAUAAUGCACCAACACAUGAGCUAUGUAAGUUUGGCCUUUUUUGGUGAAGGAGGCAAGGAAAGCUUACAAAGUUCUGCUCCCACAAACACAGGGCAUGACCUGUACAAAAGUUGUAUAAUGGGCUAGGCAGUUUAUCUAGAAACUAAAAUAAAUAGGAAGGAAGAUGCAAUUGAGGAAUUGGCAUCAUGCACUCAGAUCAGGAUUGUUCACUUUCAUCUGUUUGUAGUCACUUUCAUAAGAGAUAUGAAUUUACAAAGUUUGUUACAGGCUAUAUAGCAGGUUGUCAAAUGUCUAAUGUUUCUGUUAGCAAAGGCUCCCAAGCUCCAAAUGCUGAAGAGUAUUAUUAAUUGUAUAAGGAAAAAGGACCUGUAUCCUUAAAGCCUCUUUGCUACUUUUAACAACCACAGCUGCUCACAAGGCUUAGUCUCGCAAGUGAUUCAUGAGGCUUUCGAGUUACAGUGAAUUGUUAAAAGUAGUAGAAAAGGCUUUAUGAACACAGGCUCUGGCAGUGCAGUAGCCUCUUCUCUGCUCUGAACUACUCAUAGUGGCUCACAAGGCAUUGAGUUGGUAAGAGUAAAGACCUUGUGAGCUGCUGAGUCAUUAAAGUAGGAGAGAGGCUUUUUGAAUACAAGCAUAGGUAUUAUGAGUUAUAAUAUAAAGUUAGUAAAAUACAUGAGUAAAUUUU